GUUGAGCGCGCUCGCCCGAGUGUGGAGGCUGUCAGCUGUCGCUGCAAUUUUGCUAAGGCCUUUCACAUAAGGUAAUCACCGUAUGCUGAUCAGAAUGAUUCCCGUUUUAAGCAAUUCUGUUACUAAAGUACUUCACUUCAGAAAACGACUGUUCAGCAGAUGUUCCAUAAAUAUUAUAACAUCCACCUUCAGGAAAGCAUCUCUCUCAAAGCUGGCCUCACACAUUGGAGAAAAGAACCUUUUGAUAAUCGGCCCUCCUGGCGCAGGCAAAACUACAGCAGGUAGAAUUAUUGGGCAGAAGCUGGGAUUGCCUUUCAUUGAUGUGGAUGACGAUGUUCUAGAGAAGGCCUGGGAUAUGCCUGUUUCACAGAAACUCUCAGAGGUUGGCGGGGAAAGAUUUUUGGAGGAGGAAGGCAAGGCUCUUUUGAACUUCAGCUCAUUGGGUUGUGUCAUUUCUAUGUCUGGAUCCAACCCUUUGCACCCAGCGAGCAUGCAUCACAUGAAGGGCAACGGAAUAGUGGUAUACCUCGAUGUGGACAAUGAAGAUAUCAUGAGGAGAAUGGAGAAGAUGAAGGUUGAUAGGAUUGUUGGACAAACCUCAAAUUGCUCCAUGAGAGACAUUCUUCGUUACCGUCAACAGUUUUACAGACAGUGGUUUGACCUACGUGUGCUCUGUGGUACCGGUGACACAGCAGAAGAUGUGUGUGAAAAGAUCUUGAAAGAUCUGAAGCGAUAUUUUGAAUGUGAGACGUUUGUUUCCACUAGAAGUGCCCCUUCAGAAAUACCCCAAAAGUAUUUCUGUGAUAUUACAGUUGAAGGUCUGGCACCUGAUGGUGGGCUAUACGUUCCUUCAAAAGAUGACACGCGACUCUCUGCAGGGGAGUGGCAAAGGCUGAUUGGCAUGUCUUUUCCUGAAAGAGCACAGGUUUUGCUUGAGAAAUCCAUCCACCCUGUUGAUGUGAACCCUAUUCAGCUGAUGAAAAUGGUGGAGAAGGCGUAUGGAAAGAAUUUUAACUGCAGUAAGGUUGCACCUAUAAGGCAUCUGGUUGAUGAUCAGUAUGUUCAGGAGCUCUUUCAUGGUCCUACUGCUUCCUUCAAGGACAUGGCUUUGCAACUUAUGCCUCAAAUAUUUGCCUACAGCAUUCCACAAACUUGUAAUCAUUUAAUCCUAGUCGCCACAUCUGGAGAUACGGGAAGCGCAGUCCUUGAUGGAUUUAGCAUGCUUUGCAAUGCUGAUAAGCAACGGAUUGCUGUUCUGGUAUUAUUUCCUGAAAAUGGCAUAAGUCCAAUCCAGAAAAAACAAAUAACCAGUUAUAGGCAAGAAAAUGUGAAAGCAGUGGGUGUCAACUCCGAUUUUGAUUUUUGUCAAAAGGCAAUCAAACAUCUCUUCUCUAAUCCUGCAUUCAAUGGCUUCCUGGCUACGGAAUAUGGCGUGUCCCUCAGCACGGCCAACUCUAUCAACUGGGCCCGGUUGCUUCCACAAAUAGUCUAUCAUUGCUCUGCCUACCUGGACCUAAUUGAUCAAGGUGUCAUAUCGCUUGGAGAUCCCAUUGAUGUCUGUAUUCCUACAGGAAAUUUUGGGAAUUUUUUGUCUGCUAUGUAUGCAAAGAAAAUGGGAAUUCCUAUCCGGAAGUUUAUCUGCGCCUCCAAUCAGAACAACGUACUUACAGAUUUCAUGAAGACCGGGGUGUACGAUCUGAGAAACAGAAAGCUUCACAUCUCGGCUUCCCCUGCCAUCGAUAUAUUGAAGUCUUCCAAUCUUGAACGUUUUAUACAUCUUAUUUCAAAAGGUGAUUGGCAGCUGGUGCAGGAUUUAUAUUCCCAAUUGGAUAGUCAGAACCACUUUAUUGUGCCAAAACCUGUCUUGGAAAGCAUUCGUGAAAAUUGCUUGGCAGGUUGGUGUUCGGAAAAUGAGUGUUUCGCAACAAUCCAUUCAGUUUUUACCAAAACUGGAUACAUCCUUGAUCCUCACACGGCUGUGGCCAAAACUGUCGCUGAUCGUUUACAGGGUGGGACUUGUCCUGUUGUGAUUUCUUCUACGGCUCACCAUGCAAAGUUUGCCCCUGCUGUUCUACGGUCCUUAAUGGUUAAAGAAUUAAGCAGUUGUCCACUCGAUCAGCUCCAGCAGAUUCACUCUUUAAAUCCAUUGCCCGUUUCCCAUAAACCUUUAAUGGACUCCCUGAGAAGGGCAGAAAAUAUGGAACAUGAAGUUUGUGAAGCGGACAUUGAAACUGUCAGUGAAAAAGUGGAAGAGUUUGUGCACAAUACGUUUAUGAGGCAGAGAGUGUAAAAUAGAAGCAAAAUAAAAAAGGGGAUACACGCGUAAUAAAAAAUAUGCAUUGAAACAACUCUUGGAAUCUAAUUGCACAGAAUGUGUGUUGUGAUUCAGGUCAAAAAAAAAUUACAGAACACUACCAUGAAGGCCUGGGGCCUACACUUUCAAAAUGGCCUAAAAAAAAUUACAAAAAGGACAGGAAAAUCCAGAAGGCUAAAAAGGAUCAACUAAGAUGAAAGGGCCGAGAGAGGAAAACAAGAGUGGUCAAGAAACAAAGUGUAGGUCGAUACUGGGAGUCAGAAAGAGGGAUGACAAAAACAGAAACGGCAAUCAUACAGUAAACCAGAGUUGAAAGAAAUUAGAGUAGAAAAAAAAAAGAAAAGGCAUGUACAUAAACUCUAGUUAAAUUGUGUUAUGACAUGUAGGUGUCGAAGGAUAUUUUCUAGCUCAAAAGUAACCAGGAGAUGGCAGCGUUUAGCAGAAAGUCGUGCCCAAAGAAGAAAGACAAAGAGACGGACAAUAAGGCAACCGAAACUUGGGUCUUGGACGUUUGGGCCUUCUUGUUACACAAGCUGAUUACACUAGAAAUGGACGCGUGCAUUUUAUCCAACCGAGAGAUAACGUGUGAUACGAUUGCCGCCAUAUUUAUAUUGCCGAAAAAUGCGUAAAUAAAGAAACUAAAUGGAAAUAAGGUAAAAUUUUUUAAGUUGACAUGAAAAUGGUAUAUUCCAAAAAUGAAUUUACUGUGGUAAAACAAUCUGUAAUUUGAGUCAAAAUACUCAUACAAAGCAUACCAACAUGUCACUCCCUUGCAAGCCUCAGUUGCACAGCCAAGAAAAGAGUGUGCUGCAUACAAUCGAAUAAAAGAAACCCAUAAAUAAAAGUGUCAGCUUAGUGAUAAUCCAGCUAAUUGCCAUAGGUGCGUUAAAACAGUGUGGUCAGGUGAGGCAGUGCCCAGGGUUCAUACUGCGAAGUAUCGGUGGCUUUGUUUGAGGAUACAAAAAGGGGAUAAAGGUGAUUUACUUUACCUCACAUGAUGGCGUAAACAUAUUUGUAAAACAUAAGAAAAUGAUCAUGGGCUUCGUGUUUGUUUUCAGACUCACAGCAACCGAAGGUUACAUUUAAAUCUUUUGCGCAAUUUAAUGAUGUUGAAGCAUUUUGCCAAAGGAGAACUCCAGAAGUGUACUUGUGAUCGAUCUAUCUAUCUAUCUAUGAAAAGGAAGACGGACGGACAAGUAAGUGAGUAUGGGUCGGCCCCUGCGAUUCCGCCUAUCCACGUGUUUGUCUUCAAUAAUUAAGUUAUUUUAAACGCUUUCGCUGAAAACCGCAGACAAUGCUGUAGCAGCUUUACUUAAAUGGACUACAAAUCCCAGCAUCUCCGGGAGUGCUGCAUCAUUAGGCAGCUUUGACAGUUGCCAGGAGGGCUGCCGGGUAAAAGAUGAAGGCUUGUGCAGGGGUCCACAAUUUCAAGAGCUCUCUAUAAAACAGGCCCCUACGAAAGGGUAGCAAGUAAGAAGUCAUUCCUUAUGAAGGUCCAUAUGAAAGCACGUAUGGCAUUUGCUACAAUGCAUGAGAAAGACCCGGCUAAGAUGUGGGAGAAAGUUUUUUUUAGGUAAGAUGAGACCAAAAUAGAGCUUUUUGGUCAGACUUCAAAAGAGGUACGUGUGCUGUACAACUAACUGAAGGCCAACCCAAGGCUAAAGAAACACCAAACUUGUCCCCAAGUCUGCUGUGAAUCUACUGCUUAUUACAUGACAAGGACCCUAAGCAUGAGGCCAAAGUGACACUGGAAUGGCUCAAAAACUGAAAAGUGAAUGUUUUGGAAUGGCCGAGUCAAAGCCCUGAUGUUAACCCUACUGAGAAUCUGUGGUACUGUUUGAAGACUGCAGUCCAGAGGCGCCGGCCCACCAACCUCAAUAAAUUCUGCCAAGAAGAAUGAGGAAGAAUCCCACCUGAACAACGUGCAGAACCGGGACCUACUUAACUCGAAAGAAUGAAGGCUGUUAUUGCAGCAAAAGGGGUCUUGACAAAGUAGCAAUGUGUUGGGCUUGAAUACUUAGGCAAACACAAACUUUGGAGUAAUUCUUUAAAUAUCUACAGAAAAUGGUUUAUUUGGACUUCGCAAAUGUAUUUUUACAGCAUGAGUUUACAUUAAAAAU